ACAGCAGCAGUAGCACUAGCAGUAGCAGUAGUAACAGCGACAACAGUAGCAGCAGUAGUAGUAUAGUAAUAACAGUAAUGUGACCAGUUGUGUAAGUGGUCAGCGUGUGUGUGAAACGGUACGAUAUCGUAAAGCCGGCUUGCAGCGAGUAGUAGUUCGAUUAGAAGGAUUGCCACGUAUAGUUUCUUUGGAAGAGAGUGAUUUUAACUUGUAUAUUUGCAUAUAUAUAUACACAUUAUACAUACAUAUAUAUAUAUAUAUAUACAUAUAUACACGUAGCAGACGCACGCGUCUGUCAGUACGGAGAGGCGUCCUUCACGAUCGAGGUCGCUACGAUCGGUCGUGUCGUGUCUGUUCGUUCAUUGCCGGUCAUCGAUAUCAAGGCAAGAUUGCGCCCUUUCAUUCGAGGAGGAAAAGAUAGACAAAGUGGAGAGACGAUACGCCACACGGCCUUGGAACCAGCCGAGGCGUAGUAGUGUUUUUCUCUCUCUCUCUCGCUAUCGCGCGCGUCUUUUCACAGCAGCGUACGCAAGCUCGUUUACCGGCAGAGAGAGACAGAGCGUGCGCGCGUUCUAGCCGGUACAGCGCUAACAUCAUUUAGCUUACAUUAGACGAGAUAUGGAAAUUUUUGUCGUCUUCUAUUGUUCUAUUUUUAUUCGUCUAAAACUAUGCGCGAGUGUUAUUAAUACUUCGGAUUUUUGUCAAUCGAUCGAAUAGUUUUGAAAUCGUCAAUGGAUUUCUUAUGAAUGGGGAGGAGUGCGAAGAGGACAACACGUUUCAAGGUUGAUAUGAUAGAAAUAGAAAGAUAAAGAGAGAGAGAGAGAGAGAAAGAGAUAGAGAUAGAUAGAAAGGGAAAAGGUUUGGGGCGCGUGUGUGUCGUGCAAGUGCGAUUUCGUUGUAACCUCGAAGCUAAUCUUAAAUCUAUCGUCCUGGAUAUCAUCGCGUGGACAGGUAACUCUUCCGCCGAGGAUGUCGUGCUACGACGACGGCCGCUCCGAUAGUACGAGCAGUAGCAGCAGCAGCAGCAGUAGUAGUAGUAGUUAUAGUAGGGGUAGCGGUAACACCGGUACUAGCAGUGGUGGCAGUGGCACUAGUGGUAACAAUAGCAAGAACAGUAGCAGCAGAAGCAACAAUAAGAAGAUUAAUAGUAGCGAAGAGAAUAGGAGACCCGAAACGUGGAAGGAAAGCAAAGUAGGUAAUCUCGUCAUUCUUCGUCUGAUGCCGGUCGUAAAGGCGUGAUCGUUUCUUUUUCGACGGAGGAUGCGUCAAAGCGACAGCAACGAUAAUCUUCUAGUGGUACCUAAACGUAGGCGUGCGCCGUGCGUUCCAGUGAUGUCGGGGUUCCUUGUAGCACCGCUGGACCUGGACCAUGGCCGGCAAGCCUGAGCAGCAGCCGUCCACGCACCCUGCUCCCCCGAACCACGAUCAUCAUCAUCAUCAACAGAAACAGCAACAGCAGCAGCAGCAGCUUCAGCUUCAGCAACAGCACCCGCAGUAUCAGCAUCAGCAGCAACAACAACAUCUUCAAAAUCCACAGCAUCAACAGCAGCAAAACAACGGCGGUGGUGGGAGCGUUCUGGUUUACGUUUCGGGGGAGAACUUUGCUUACGCCACGGCGGUGGGUGGUCAAAAUGCCGCCGCCACAGCCGCCGCCACGGCCGUCGCGACGACCACGGCCGGCUAUCGGCUAUCAUCGCCGAGGCAUCAGCCGGCGACGGCUUACGUUGCCGGAGGUGUCAUUCCGACACAUCUCCCGACGGCGGCUUCUUGCUUUCCCGCCAAAACCGCCAACUCGGCUGCAGCCCCCGUCGCCGCCACCACCACCACCACCGUUGCUGCUAUCACCACUACCACCACCACCGCUAUUACCACCACCACCACCGCCGUUGCCGUUGCCGUUGCCGUUGACCGUACUCGGGCGAAUUUGAAAAGGUCUAAUGAUCAUCAUGCCGUUUCGAUAACAACGACAACCACGUCUGCGAUUACAACGACUGCGAAUACGGCGACGACGACGACGACGACGACGGUAGUAGCUACGAGCAAUACUCGAAGGGAUCAGACGAGGUCGUCGAACGACGAAGAGGAUGAUUACGUCGGUGGUAUCGUCUACGGAAGGACUCAAGUUGUCGCUGGUAGAAUUCUAGGCAAUGAAUAUUCCCAGAAUGCCGGUAGACGAGCUAGCAAGGACGAUACGAACUUCAAGAUUUAUUCCUCCCAUCGUUACAACAACGCAGCAAACAGUACCGUUCCCGCUGCUGCCUCUGCUGUCGUUGUUGCAGGUUCUGGUGGUAAUGUUGUUAACAGGAUGGGUUUACUUGAGAGCAAUGAGGCUCGAGUGACGCGUUUUGUGCGACAACAGACAAACGAGGUUGGUGUUGUCGAUAGAAGAGACGAUAAAGUUAGGCAGCAACAGCAGCAGCAGCAGCAACAACAGGAUGGAUAUGAAGGGCAGACUGGUUCUUCUUUGUCCGGUGACUCGGUGAGGUCAGACAUCGGGGAGUCAUCGACGUACAGCAGUCUUAGCAGUCCAGAAAGUCAGAGUCAAACGUCUCCGCACGACGGCUCGAACAGCGUGACGAUGAAUGGUGCGGUAGGAGGUGGUGCUUGUACUAGUGCUAGUAGUGCUUCUUCUGGUGCGGGUGGUGCAAGUGGUGCGUGCGUGCAGCAACAGCAACAACAACAGCAAUCGAUGCGAACCUCAACGACGAGGCUCGCGGUUGCGAACAACAACAACAACGAGAACGGUGCUAACGCGCAGCACAAUGUUGUGCUUACGAUGAACGGUAAUGCGGUGCUCGCGCAACAACACCAGCAGCAACAGCAGCACUCUGUUACGGUGCCACGUGGAUGGAAGAGGAUAUUCGCAAACGGAGUCAUCAUUUAUAUCAGUCCGAGCAGUACAGCUCUAGAAUCAUUGGAUCAACUGAAGGAGUACCUGACGACAGCUGGAACCUGUAAAUGUGGUCUCCAAUGUCCUCUUAGACCUGAACAGGUCUUCAACUUCGACCCCAAGAUUGCAACGCGACCUUGGAGCCCGGAUCAGGGCAAGACGCGAGAAAUGACCAAGCUCUGCAACCAUAAGAGGAAACUUUUGCUACCGAGCGCAGCAGCCAGUCCUGUUGCCGCCUCCUGUACCUUGCCGGUCUCCUCUUCGACUUUAUCUUCUGGACCAACGCCGUCAACGGCAACACCGACUGCAACGGCACCGAUUCACGCCGACUCGCCCACCUCGCCGGACAAAACCAGAAAAGAUGGUCUCAGCAAGAAAAAGAAGAGAAAACUGGGGGGUAUAGGGGGCUUGUAUUCUGGAGUUUCUGUAUCGCAACUUCUGGCACAACGGGAAAGAGCCAUUGCUGCUGUUUCUACGUCAGGAGUUCAAGGUUCAUCGGUGCCUAAUGGAUCGCAGGUGUGGCCAAUAGCGAUCCCUAAUUUGCAGAUCCAACAAAGCAAUCAACAAAUCUGCCAUCAGUCGUUAAAUUCACCCUCUCAAAAUCACGACGUGAAUAGUUCAGCUCGAAACACUCAACAGCGGUUAAAUCAGCACAAUAUGCCUGGGAUGCUUAUGGGAAAUCCGUUGAUUAUGAAUCAACAAAGUACUAAUUUCAACAAUAUGACUCAACAACAGCAGCAGCUUUUGCAGCAACAGCACCAACAAUUAUUACUGCAGCAACAGCAGCAACAGCAACAGCAGCAACAACAACAACAACAGCAGCAGCAACAACAACAGCAACAGCAACAACAAAUGAUGCAGCAGCAUUUAUCGCAGCAUCAACAGCAACAGCAGCCUCAACAACUUAUACCUCAUCACCAACAGAUGCAACAUAUGCCGUUGUUACAACAUCAAGAACAGCAACAACAGCAACCACAUCCAAAUGCUAUAGUAAAUCAAUUAUCGCAACAGCAAGUUCCUCAUUAUUUAAAUCAGUUGAAUCAACAAUCCUUGCACGUUAUGCAGCAGCAACAACAGCAUUUGAACCAACAGCAACAGCUUCACAUACAACAAAUUCAGAAACAUAAUAUGCAACCGCAACAACAACAGCACUUAGCAUCGGAAAUGGAUCAACAACAAACAGGAAAUUACAAUUCUCAAAUUCCUCAAGAAGGUUAUGUACAUCAUUUACAAUCUUCGCAAAUGUCGCAGCCUGUUCUUCAUUCGCAAUUGCAUCAGCUUCAUCAACAUCAAAUACAACAGCAGCAACAAGAUCAGCAUGGUAUGCAGGCUCAAACUAUUGAUCCAUUUCAAAUGCAAAUACAACUGCAGCAACAGCAGCAACAUCAACAGCAGUUGUCACAAAUGUGCGUGCAAGCUCAGUAUUCUAAUCAGCAAUUAUCUCAUCAUACGAUGGAUAUUAUACAGCAAUCUAACGGCGGGUCCGUUAUGAGUGGAAUCAAUUCUUCUGAUAUGCAAAAUAGACAUAGUCGAACUCAAUCAGUAACGGAAGAUGAUUUAAGUGCGAAGCAAAUGCAACAGCAGCAGCAGCAGCAGCAGCAACAACAACAACAGCAACAACAACAACAGCAGCAACAACAACAGCAACAACAACAACAACAACAGCAACAACAACAACAGCAACAACAGCUGUUGAUGCAUAAUCAUAAUUUGCAGCGACAUCAAAUUGUAGAGAAUGGAAAUCUGUCAAAUAAUCCUCACGAAAAUGCACAACGAAUGUAUACGCAAGGUCAAGUUCAGUUUCCAGCGAGAAACUUUGAUUCUCAGAAGAUAUCAACUGUGGAAGCCAAAUUUGGUCAUCAGCAACAAUACACUUUAGUCAGCCAUGCGGGAAGAAGUCCAACUAUUAACCAUGCUACAGAAGUACAAUCGGGUAUGGGACCAACUAGCGGACAAGCAGGAACUAUACAUUUUAACACGAGAGCACCGCCGUGGCAGCAAAAUCGUACGGUUGUCACGACCAAUCAAUCAUCAUUAGCUACUGUCCAGAAUAUCACCUGCAACUCUUUCGAUCGUGUUCCUCCUCUCCAUCAUCACAUUCCACAGACGUCAACCUGGACAGACGAGGUAGCAAGGAAAAAAGCCAAGUCAACUAAGAGUAUGAUGAAAAAACAACGUCAGCAUGGUACAUCAGAUAUAAGAAGCAAUAAUGGUCUCGAUCAACCAAUACCAAGUCCAAUUGAUGAAUUUAAUGACAAAGUGCAACAAAAUAGCGAUCAAAUUGGUUCCACAGUCAAUAGCAGUGGCCCCUCAUUUUUAGAGGAUCCUAGUGGUUAUUUAGCACAGCAAACUGCUCUAUUAAAUAGUACGAUAUCGCGACAAACUGGCGUUAAUAACACUCAAGUAGCCAUAUUGAACAACCCAAAAGUACAACAAACGAAUCAUAGUACUCAUACAGCGAGUAAUCCCUAUCUUGCACAACCAAAGCCUUCUUCUGCUGCCAGUCCUUCAAGUACAACAUUCAAUUCUGUGAAAAAUCAUGCCACUUCACCAGUAGUGGUCCAUAGUAGUAUGACGCCGACGUCUAGUAACGGUGCCAUUGAUUCCGAUGGUAGCCCUUGCCAUGGAUGCGUUAGCAGUGGUGACAAUCAAUCCUUCGUUCAAGAUCAAUACAACAAACAGCAAUUACAUCGACAAUACGUAUUGCAUUCUGAUCAACGCGAGGAUCCUGUUACAUCGUCGACGUUUGGUGAGAAAUAUCAAGGGAGUCAACAACAAAUUGAUUCGAGACCUAUUCAAGGAGGCACUGUUAGUACUAGUCACGGUUCACCGAUCGGUACAAAUAGUCCGGCCAAUUCGGAUGUCCCAGCUUCCUCGACACCUGGAAUAUCUCAACCAGCAACACCUCAAAGUUUAACUUCAUCCCAACCAUCGACUCCGCAUAGUUAUUCGCAACCACCGACACCCCAUUCUCUCGCAUCGUCGUCUGGUCAAAUACCGUCUCAACCUUUAACGCCACACUCUCAUCCAUCUUCAUCAAAUCAGUUUGCAACUCAACCGUUAACUCCUCAGGCACCACAACCUUCGCAAUCAUCGUCUAAUAACAGUUUGGAACAGCACUUGGAAAUGUCAUGUUCAGUUGCAAAUAAUCCCAACAUUAUUUCACCAAGUACAUCCCCUUCCCAAACGUAUUCUACGCCUAUGGACAAUAUAACGUCUCAGCUACCAAAGAGACAGACUGUUAGUACGAGACAGCUAUCGCUAGAUGGUUAUCAACCACAUCCACAUACAGUGAAUACAGUUUCAAGGAUACCAUUAAAUUCUUUUACCAGUACGUCGUCCGUGAUAACGACUAUGGCAAGCGGACACACGGUUAGUAGUAAUACAAUUACCUCUGUGCUUGCUGGAAGAGCGAAUACGGCGACCGUAUCUAUAAAUACGCCCUUGGGGAUGCCCAACCCCGCUAUUUUAAACAUUCUUUCCAAUAAACCUCAGCAGCCAACAACGGCACCGCCUGCUCUCGUGAAUGUAACAGCGACGUCAACGACGGCGCAUCAUCCGCAUUCGAUUCCCCUUACACCUAGUCAAUCGUCGACGAUCACAGUAUCGAAGUCACCAUUGGAGAUGGUUCAAAGCGUAGUAAGUAGUAUUCAGGUACCUCAAGCGACAACUAAUUCACCAAUGCCGCAGACUCAACAACAGCAACAUCAGCAACAACAACACCAGCAUCAACAGCAACAACAGCAACAACAGCAUCAACAGCAGCAACAACAACAACAACAACAGCAACAACAGCAGCAGCAACAGCAUGCUCAGCAACAGCAUGCUCAGCAACAGCAGCAUCCGCAAUCAAACGUUCAAGUUCACAAUGUCCUUACUUCUGGUGGUAUAUUAAAACAUCCAACAGGAUCUACUUUGCCACCUGGACAUAUCUUAGUGUCCAGUGGUGGACAACUCAUAAUGGCAAGCACCGGGUCUGCUAUUAAUGGUGUGAUGGCACCACCACCUCCAAAAAUCAUCUCUAAUGCGAAUUCAAUGCCACCGUUAUCCGUUUCGCCGAUGGUCACUAGUGUAACCGGAGCAGUUAGCCAAGUUAUACCAGCAGUUGGUGUAGCUCAGCAAGUGAUAGGACAACCAACGGUUUUGGUUAAUGCUAUACAAACGCCGGUGCUUAUUCAACCCGGUGUUAUGACGAUGGACAGUAUUGGACAAAAUGUACAAAUACCUCAUCUCACGGUUGCUACCGGGAACGUAAUACAAAAUGCUCAGUCUAUCUUAGACGCGAAUCAAGAUGUAACGAGAAACGUGAGUACAAAUCAGGGUAUCGUGAAUCGCCAACCGGCUCUACUUUCUCCCGAAUCCGCGCUGAGUAAAAAGAAAGCGUACAAAAAACGAAAGACCAAUCCUCAAACCGUAGCGUCGAUGCUUCACAUUGCUUCGUCUCAACAAAAUGCGGGUAUGCUAAUGCAAUCGCAAUCAAAUUUUGCACAGCAAAAUUUCCAAGCACACAGCAUAGGCGGGCCGAUGUUACAGGCCCUAACAAUUGUUCCUGGCAAAGGCGGUGCACCCGCUCAAUUGGUCAUGAAUGGUCAAACUGGUGCAACGUCCGCGCAAUUUAACACUCAACAGAUUAUAACGAAUCCUCAACCUGCUCAACAAAUAAAUCUUUUACAACCGGUUAAUUUGUUAAAUGGAGCAGCUGGAAUGGUACAGAAUUUCCCUACCAUUCAACAAUUUAUCGUGCCUGGAAUAGGAAGUAUGGUCAUGUCUGCCGACGGUACUGCAACUUUAUUGCAAGAUACUGGAAACAUUGGAAUGCAGCUACAAAUACAAAAUGUAAAUGGUCAGAAUGUCCUUACGCCGGUACAAAAUCACAGCGGAAUAUUUAGUCCGAGUCAAAGUAUUUUGACAGCUGGACCGGCUGGGAUGGUGAUCAGAGCACCGCAAGCAACUGGCAGCAAGAUCAUUCAACAGCACAGUCCUGGUGCACAGUUCCUGUCUCCAAAUAGUGGUCAAUUUCUAGUGAAUGGAACGACAUCUUUUGGGAAUCAAUUGAGUCCAAUAGUGGCCAAUGUUAGUCCCAAUCAACAGGUGACAUUUAAUACGUCUCAGGUUAGGCCACCCAAUAUGCAGGGCCAACAGGAAUUUAUACAAAUGAACGGCCAAACGUUGAUGGUACCAUGUGCGACCGCUCAAAAUAUAGCCGUCUCAUCUGCACCGAAUCAACAGAACACAACUUUUGUUCAACAAAAUACAACGAUCGUUCAACAACAAACGACUAUGGUAUCGAACAAUCAGAUACCAAAUUUUCAGGCAGCGCCUUCGAAUAAUGCAGGGGCCGUUGAUCCGGCUUUAAAUUUAGAUCACAACCAGCCAUAUAUUCUCAGUUCGGGCAUGAUCUCAGGAAAACCGCCAUCUUCUCCAAAAAAUAGCAUUAACUCUCCUACCUCCGAUCAAAGCAUGGAACAGCAACAAUACGUUCUGGCUAGUAGCAGCACUUCCGUUGUCGAAAAAACGGGACAGCAAAUCGAUCAACACAAUCCGUUGAUGGCAAGGCAUUCCGUAUCUACUCAAACAGCUGGUAAUCAGGCAAACAUAGUACAGUCGGCGAUAAUGAGACAGGGUUCUCCGCCAGAUACGACUACGCACAGUCCAGGAAAUAGUCAGCGGUCAAAUAGCCCGGCUGUCGAUACGACAACGCAUGGAGCAGCUUCCCCCGCACCACCAAUCAGUGCCAGACAACAUUCUUCAUCUACGCCCAUGGUUCAUUGCGUAUCAAGCAGCGAACCAGAUUCUGGUGACAUCACGAUGGCGUCAGAAGAUUGGAGGAUUCAGGGUGUUACCACGAAAGAGAUCACACUAAGUCAACCCAAUCUACACGGGAAGACUUACGUGGAAUCGACGGUGACUACUGGGAUCCAGAUCUAUACGUCAGAGACGUUGAAGCAAGCGGAAGGUGUGGUGAGCACGGAGAGGUGCGAGGGCAGGGAACAUGCCCUCGGCCGAGGAAUCAAGCGAAAGUUGGAGUCCAUCCAUUCGAUGCAUUCCACCCUGCAUGAAGACCAAGAUGUAGCCGAGACAAAGGUGGAGGAGAAAAAGCAUUGGAAACUGGAAGUGGGUGAACUCGUGUGGGGUGCAGCAAGGGGGAGUCCCGCAUGGCCGGGUAAAGUCGAGUCCUUGGGUCCACCGGGCACGAUGACAGUUGGGGUCCGUUGGUACGGGGGAGGGGGCACUCUCACCCAGGUCGAUGUCAAGACCCUCAAGUCACUCUCCGAAGGCCUCGAGGCACAUCAUCGUGCCCGAAAAAAGUUUCGGAAAAGUCGUAAAUUGAAUAUGCAAUUGGAAAAUGCGAUACAAGAGGCUAUGGCAGAGCUGGACAAAAUAAGCGAAUCGUCGCAUCAGCGAGAAAAGGCAGCAUCGGCUGUUAGAAGGUCAUCGAAGGUAUCUUCGAGUCCUACAACGACUACGAAAAGUCCUGCUGGCAACGUCGUCGCUAAGAGAUCAUCGAAGAGAUCAAUGGGAGCAAAUUUGGAUCACGGGAAAGCCGAUCAAAAGCAAUGUCGAUGAUAAUUCAUCGAUCUUCAACAAGGUCUUCUUCGUCAUAGAUCAAAAUGAUUCGAAAAUACGCAAAUCGAUUAAUUUGAAUCUCGAAGGAGAUAGAUAGCUAGCUAGCAAGCGCAUAACUGGUUUCCUAAUAUAAUCCAUUCCUACGAUUAAUUAGAUCGAGAAAAACGAAGAAAAAGAUAAAGUAAAAGGGAAAAAAAGUAGGGAAAAGAAAAUCAUAGAAUUUUCUUCAUUCCUUAUCCUUAUUUAUUCCGUUUAGAGUUUCUGAAAGCUCCUUUCCGAUUGAUUACCAUCGGAGAACACGUUUUACCGAUCGCGUUUCUUUGAAACGUAAACGUCGAGACACGCAUACCUAUCCUGACGUCGUUCGCUUCUUGUCGAUAGCCUUCAAUUAAGAAUUUCUCAGUUGUUCCCAGUUGCGAUUGAUCGCUGAUUAAAGUAUUCUCUUUGUCGGCUGUCAAGCGUUCCAAAGGAAAAGGGACGAUUAAUCGUUACCGCGUUUGCUGACGAUGGUCUAUAUAAUAAUCCGACGUCUCUCAUUCCUCAUUCUACCUUUUCUACAAGAAGUAUCCUUUUUUUUUUUAUUUCUUUCAUUUACCUUUUUCCUUUGCGUGCAAAAGUUAUCGAUAAAAGCCUAAAAGUAGCCUAAGAGUAACGAACGAAGAAAAGGUUUAUUGAUUGUCGUCACGUUAACAAUUGCGAAAGAUAGAAAAUUAUUAUAUGAAGUGAGUAAACGAUAGAUCAGAGGUGAUCGGAAUCAAAGUAAUGAGGUCGUGAGAAAAAGAAAAAUUAAUCUUUUGAUGGCACCGUUGGGGAACACUUUUUAUAUCAGACCGCGCGUCUAACUACUUCUUUGCUUUUCAUCGACAUCCACUCGCAUAAUUGAUCGUUACUUCCUGGUGUUCGUUUAUCCGUUCGUUCGUUUAUACGUUGUUCGUUAUAACGACUGCGAAACUAACGAUCAAAGAUAUCUCGUUCGUUACGAUUUAGCGACUUUUACUGAUAUAAUGAGAUCUAUUUAAACUCGUGGAAAAAAAGAUUUUAUUCGUCGUUCGAUUAAUUUGCGAAUUAUUAUUAUUCCAAUGGUGCUAGUUUAUGGUGAAAACAUUAUUUCUGCGUACACGUAAAAAAGAAAAAAAAAAAAAAAAA